CACCAAGUCCGCCCCGCCCUCCGCUCGGCUCUCUCCUUUAGCAUUAGCACGUUAGCUUGCGGAAGCUGCCAGUCUUUCACCGGCCGGCCCUAGUCCGCCUUCUCGCCCGCAAGGAAGUCGGUGGACGGCCGCCCCUCUGUGAGUCAGUCUCGGAAGAAGCUGUGGGACAUGGCCAGACCCGAGCAAGUCCUGCUGCUGGAGCCGCAACACGAACUCCGCUUCCGAGGUCCCUUCACAGACGUGGUGACGUCCACUCUGAAGCUGACCAACCCCACAGACAGAAACGUGUGCUUCAAAGUGAGGACCACGGCCCCCCGCAGAUACUGUGUGCGCCCCAACAAUGGCAUCCUGGAUGCUGGCACCUCCAUCCUUCUUUCUGUCAUGCUGCAGCCUUUCGACUAUGACCCCAAGGAGAAGAGCAAACACAAAUUCAUGGUCCUGUCCAUGCUGGCUCCUCACGACAUGACGGACAUGGAGGGGGUGUGGAAGGAUGCCAAGCCAGAGGAGCUGAUGGACUCCAGGUUGAGAUGUGCCUUUGACAUGCCGCUAGAUAAUGCCAAAACUUGUUGUGCCUUGCAGCAUGAGGACCCUGACCACACGGUGCUUAGUAGCUCCCUGCCAAAGUCUGCCAGCUCCUCGUUGGACGAGGCGGAGGGCAAGAAGGUGAUGGAUGAGUGCAGGCGGCUGCAGGCGGAGGUGCACAGGCUCAGGGAAGAGAACAGACGCAUCCGGGAGAACGAUGGGCUCCGGAAGAGGACGACCACCUCAGUGGCCCCGCCCCUUGACUCCUCCUCCAUCAUGGCGGCCAGGGAGGGGGGGCUGCUGAGCGGUGGUGUGUUGGCACUGUGUGUCCUCCUCUUUGUGCUGGGAGUCAUCCUGGGGAAACUCAUCCUCUAGACUUCAGCUCCUCCAUCUUGUCAUCAUGCUGGAAGGAUGGAGAUGAAGUGUGAAUGUUGACAAGGAUGCACACUCUCACACACACACACACACACACAUAUAUACACACACACACAUAUAUACACACACACGCACUCAUCCUCUCUGAUUCAAAGAUGACUUUUUUUUUCCCUGACUGCACUUUUUCUAGCGAUGUUCCUGAGCAGUGAACUUCAAGUCAUGACUUGGAUGCAAAAUGCUACUUUAAACAUCAUCAUCAUCAUGAUGAUGAUGAUGAUGAUGAUGAUGAUGAGAGGUGUGUUUCUACUCACUGUACAACCACAAUGUUUAUGAUAAACAUCACAUCUGGCUUCUA